AUGGCAAACGGUCGCUCUUCUCAGGAUGAACGCAAGCUCGAGGGCGGAAACGCUGCUCCCGCUCCUAACCAGGGCUUGCACCCAGGUUUCUACAUUGCUUUGUGGAUUGCCCUGAGUUCCAGUGUCAUUCUGUUCAACAAAUGGGUUUUGGAUCGUGCCCAGUUCCACUUCCCACUGUUCUUGACAACAUGGCAUAUGGUUUUCGCUACCGCGAUGACCCAGGGUCUGGCUCGCUUCACCAACAUUCUUGACUCUCGCCACAAGGUCCCAAUGAACCCCAGCACUUACGCUCGCGCCAUUGUGCCCAUUGGUAUCAUGUUCAGUCUGAGUCUGAUCUGUGGUAACCUGGCCUACAUGUAUCUUAGUGUGUCCUUCAUUCAGAUGCUGAAGGCCACCAACGCCGUCGUGACUUUGCUUGCCACUUGGGCCUUCGGUAUCGCCCCUACCAACUUCAAGACCCUCGGAAACGUUACCAUCAUUGUCGUUGGUGUCGUGAUUGCCUCCUUCGGCGAGAUCCAGUUCGACAUGCUUGGUUUCCUUAUCCAGGUCGGUGGUAUCAUCUUCGAGGCUCUGCGUCUGGUUAUGGUCCAGCGCCUCUUGAGCUCCGCUGAAUUCAAGAUGGACCCUCUGGUCUCUCUCUACUACUACGCACCCGCCUGUGCCGUCGCCAAUGGUGUCGUCACCCUGUUCACUGACAUUCCCCGUAUGAGCAUGGCCGACAUCUACGGCCUCGGUGUUGGCACGCUCCUCGUCAACGCCCUGGUUGCUUUCCUGCUCAACGCCUCCGUUGUUCUCCUGAUUGGCAAGACCUCCGCCGUCGUCCUGACCAUGGCUGGUAUCCUAAAGGACAUCUUGCUGGUUUGCGCCUCCAUGAUGAUCUUCCAUGACCCCGUCACUCCCCUGCAGUUCUUCGGAUACUCCAUUGCCCUGGGUGGUCUUUGCUACUACAAGCUCGGUGCCGAGAAGAUGCAGUCUCUCACUACCGAUGUCCGCCUUCAGGUCGGUGAAUACCGACGCACCAACCCUGGCAAGGCCAGGAUUAUCGCUGGCGGUGCUGUCCUGUCGGUCAUUCUGAUCGUCCUGUACUCCGGCGCUCCUGCCUCCCAGGCCGUCCCCGCCAAGUUGACCACUUAA